UUUCCAGCAGCGCAGGUUUGCAGGCACCUGGAGCGCCUGUUCCAACAGACGGUAUCCCUGGAGAGGACUGGCGAGGCGAAGAUCGGGCAGCUUCUGGCCCUUGGCCGCGAAUUGGUGGAAUCAAUGCUGCCGGUUCUGCGCUUCUCGCUUUUGGCUCCCAGCCACUCACAGGAAUCGGUCGAUCACAAGCAGCGUCUAGCCUUCUCACAGCUCCUCGAGGCGGCAAAGGCUGAUUCCGAGUCCGCUGUCUUCGAUCUGUCUACGGAGAGUGGACGCUUAAUAGCCGCUCUCCUUCGUGAGGUGCACUUUCGUCGUCUUGGCGGUGAGGAGCUUGAGCCCAGCGCAGCGACAUCCUUUGCCGCUCUCCUGGAGGAGAUGAGCCGAAAUUGGUCCGAACCUUCAGCCGGACAAGAUACUGGCUUGCUGGCAGCCUUCGCGCAGGAAUCCCACGUAGAGGCGAGAACGGCUUUCCUCGAGCUGUGCAGACACCUGGAUCGCUUCUGCUUCUUCCUCAUGGCCCUGGAGCCAUACCAAAAAGUUGCGGCGGCGGGCGGCGAUGCUGCGCUAUGCUGGUUGCGCCGCAGCUUGAGCCAUUUGAUGCAGGAGCUGGGCAAGGCCUUGCUGCAGCUCCGAGAGGCCAGGCUUGCCGUGGUGCAAGCUUCCAAGAAGCACUUGCAGGAGUUGGCGAAACAGCUGCCGAAGACCGGCAAGCUGGAGUUGCGAUGGAUGCAGGACUUGCGGCAAGUCGACGACCAACGCCUGGACGAAUUGCACAAGACUUUGUCCAAAGGCUUCGCUGAGGUUCAGUCACUGAUAAGCGCGGCAAGAGAGGUGGAGCUGAAAUCCAUGGCCAAAGAAGGUUUGCAGAGCAUUGCUUCGGCGUUUCUAUCUGCUGACUUCCAGGCCAGGUGCUCUUUGGCACUGCCGGACAGGCUUGCAGCCGAAAUGAGGCAGCUGGCCAGCAGCGCAGCCGUGCCAAUGAGCGCAGUUAUGAGCGUUCCGGCGUCCAGCUGA